AUGUCUGUGCUCAUCAUUGGUGCCGGUCUCGGCGGUCUCUGCCUCGCGCAGGCCCUCAAGAAGCACCACAUCCCCUUCAAGCUGUUCGAAAAAGACGGCCAGCGCGACUUUCGUGCCCAGGGUUACCGUGUGCGCAUCAGCGGCGAGGGCGUCCUCGCACUGCAGUAUGCCCUGACGCCAGACCUCUGGGCCCUCUUCGAGAAGUCCUCCGCUGAAUUUGACCCUAUGGGCGUGCGACUCGACGCUAUCACGGGCAACCAGCUCGACCCAGCAACGACAGCAGCCCUGGGGGCCGGCCCGCGUCCCGCGGUCGACGGCCGUCCCCAGCCGUUCUCCGUCGACCGGAAGACCUUCCGCGCGGUGCUUCUGACGGGGCUCGAGGAGGGGAAGGAGGUGUUUUUCGGCAAGCAACUGACGCAUUACGAGGUGCACGACGGCCGAGUCCGCGCUCACUUCAGCGACGGCACCGUCGAAGAAGGUGCGCUGCUCGUGGGCGCCGAUGGGCUGCGAUCCCAGGUCCGCAGGCAACUCCUGCCACAAUGCCCGCUCAUCGACACGCAGAUGCGCAUCGUCUACGGCAAGACGCCGCUGACCGCCGAGUUCGAGAGGCGAUUCGUGCCGGUUGCCCUCCGGGGCAUGGCGAUAGCUCUGGACCGCGCCGACGAGGCCGCUCCUAAGACGCUGCUGUUCGAGCCGAUGCGCUUCCGCCGUGACGAUGCAGAGGACCUGCAGGUCAAACUGCCGGACGACUACGUCUACUGGGUGUUUGCUGCGCAUCGCGACCUCGUUCCGUUACCGGACGAGCAGACACUGCGACUGGACCACGAGCAGUCGGCGCAACUGCCCCUGACGAUGACGCAGAAAUGGCACCCGUCAAUCCGCGCGCUGUUCGAAGCGCAGGACGUCUCGCAGACGUCGACGCUGCGCAUUUCCUCCGUGCAGCCGGACCUGCCGCCGUGGGAGCCCUCGCGACGAGUCACGCUGCUUGGAGACGCGAUCCACGUCAUGCCGCCAACGGGAGGGGUCGGGGCCAACACGGCGCUGCGGGACGCGGCGGAUCUUGCGCGGCGAAUUGUCGAGAUUGGGGGAGUCGACAAGGUGGACGCCAAACUGAUAGGGGAGUACGAAGACACGUUGCGGAGUUUUGCCAGGACAGCCGUGGCGUGGAGCUGGCAAGGCGGACGAAGGGCGUUUGGAUUGAAGCCGGUCGAGGACUUAACAUCGAAUGGAGUUGACUGUUUCCACCAAGAAGUGAGAAUGCAGGAGGCUAAGCGAGGAAUGCCCGCAUACACCUCCACUGGAAGAUGUGCGAAUAGAGUAGAUAUCAGGCUGGUUAGACUUAUAAAACAACAGUAA